AUGGACUUUACCACUGAAAGCAGAGUGGGAAUGCGGUGGCCGCUGCUCUCGCUUCUGCUCCUCACAGCCUGGGAGGCAGGGAGCGGCCAGCUGCACUACUCGGUCCCCGAGGAGGCCAAACACGGCACCUUCGUGGGCCGCAUCGUAUCUAAAAACCUUUUAAAUAUCCUGGACAUUAAUCUGCAGAAUGGCAUUUUGUUUGUGAAUUCUCGGAUCGACCGGGAGGAGCUGUGCGGCCGGAGCGCGGAGUGCAGCAUCCACCUGGAGGUGAUAGUGGACAGACCGCUGCGGGUUUUUCACGUGGAGGUGGAGGUGAAGGACAUUAAUGACAACCCGCCUGUGUUCCGCGUGAAGGAGCAAAGAGUGCGGAUUUACGAAUCUAGGCUGCCAGAUUCUGUGUUUCCACUGGAGGGCGCAUCAGAUGCAGAUGUUGGGUCAAAUUCCAUUGUAACCUAUGAACUCAGUUCCACCGAGUACUUUGGUUUAGAUGUGACAACAAACAGUUAUGACAGUACACAGAUUGCGCUUGUGUUAAGAAAAUCCUUGGACAGAGAGGAUGCUCCUGAACAUCAUUUACUCCUGUUGGCCACCGAUGGAGGCAAACCUGAACUCACGGGCUCUGUUCAGCUGCUGAUCACUGUGCUGGAUGUGAACGACAAUGCUCCUGCUUUUGACAAGUCUGAAUAUGAAGUGAGGAUAUUGGAAAACUCAGACAUCGGAACAACGGUUAUAAGACUGAAUGCUUCUGAUCGGGAUGAAGGGACGAACGCGGAAAUCUCAUAUUCUUUUAACAGCCUCGUCCCCCCCAUGGUCAUUGACCAUUUUAGCAUAGAUCCGAGCACUGGAGAAAUGGUAACCCGAGGAGAGUUGGAUUUUGAACAAGUAAAUUUAUACAAAGUCCGUAUUGAUGUGACAGAUAAGGGCCACCCUCCCAUGGCAGGCCACUGCACCGUUUUAGUGAAAGUGUUGGAUGAAAACGAUAAUGUUCCGAAGAUUGCAUUGACAUCUUUAUCCUUGCCUGUUCAAGAGGACGCCCAAGUUGGAACAGUCAUCGCCCUGGUCAGCGUGUCUGACCAAGACUCCGGAGCCAACGGAGAGGUAACCUGCUCUCUGAUGCCCCAGAUGCCCUUCAAGCUGGUGUCUACCUUCAAGAAUUACUAUUCACUGGUGCUGGACGGCACUCUCGAUCGUGAGAGCAUUUCAGAAUAUGAAUUGGUAGUGACUGCGCGGGAUGGGGGCUCGCCACCACUGUUGGCCUCGGCCACCGUGUCCGUGGAGGUGGCCGACGUGAACGACAACGCGCCUGUGUUUGCGCAGCCCGAGUACACGGUGUUCGUGAAGGAGAACAACCCGCCGGGCUCCCACAUCUUCACGGUGUGCGCGCGCGACGCGGACGCGCAGGAGAACGCGCUGGUGUCCUACUCGCUGGUGGAGCGGCGCGUGGGCGAGCGCGCGCUGUCGAGCUACGUGUCUGUGCACGCGGAGAGCGGCAAGGUGUUCGCGCUGCAGCCGCUGGACCACGAGGAGCUGGAGCUGCUGCAGUUCCAGGUGAGUGCGCGGGACUCUGGAGUGCCUGCCCUGGGGAGCAAUGUGACUCUGCAGGUGUUUGUGCUGGAUGAGAAUGACAAUGCGCCAACACUGCUGGCACCCUGGACCCAAGGAGCAGGGUUUGCAGCCAAUGAGUUUGUGUCUCGUUCAGUGGGCGCUGGCCACGUAGUGGCGAAGGUGCGUGCGGUGGACUCCGAUUCUGGCUACAAUGCAUGGUUGCUUUAUGAACUGCAGCCUGAUGAAAGUAGUAUGCGCAGCCCAUUUCGAGUGGGGCUGUACACGGGUGAGAUCAGUACCAUGCGAGCUCUGGAUGACACUGAUUUGCCACGUCAGCAGCUCCUGGUGCUGGUUAAGGAUCAUGGGGAACCGGCCCUGACAGCUACUGCCACCAUCCUGUUGUCCCUGGUAGAGAGCAACCAAGUGCCCAAGUCCUCAUCUCGGGUAUUGGUUGGGGCUGUAGGUCCGGAAGUAACACUUGUGGAUGUCAAUGUGUACCUGAUCAUCGCCAUCUGUGCGGUGUCCAGCCUGUUAGUGCUCUCUCUGCUGUUGUAUGCAGCCUUACGAUGUUCGGCACCCCACGCUGAGAGAGUGUGUGGACCUGGGAAGCCCACACUGGUGUGCUCCAGCGCAGUGGGGAGCUGGUCCCACUCUCAGCAGAGGGGCCAGAGGGUGUGCUCUGGGGAGGGCCUGUCCAAGACUGAUCUCAUGGCCUUCAGCCCCAGCCUUCCACCUUGUCCUGUUGAUGUGCAUAUGGGCGAACAUCAGGACUUAAAUGAAGAUCCUUGUUCCAAAGUAAGUCUUGAGUUUUCAUAA